AUGUCAGCCCAAACUAUUCAACAUCAGGAAUAUCCAGAAUCAUUAGCAAAUAAUGAACAAGUAACAUUACAUCAUUCAGAAAGUUUUGAAGAAAAUGGAUUCAAAGCAUUACAGAAUAUUUUAUCAUUAUCUACAUCAUUUGGAUCAAAUAUUCAACGUCAAAACAUACCAAAUAGUAACAAUAUUGGUGUUGCACAUCGAUCUUUAUCUGCACAAAAUUUAACUUCUCACGUUCUACCGUCAACAUCAAGUAGUGAUCAUGGUCUUCCACCUACAACAAAUUCACAACAACGUCGUUCAACAAUAUCACGAAAUCCAGCAGAACUUGAUUCAUUUACACAUCAAUUUGAAAUAAAAAUUCGAGAACAAAGUUUAUUAUGGCAAAAAGAAUUACAAAAAGUAAUUGAUAAAAAAAAUUCUGAAUUAGAUAGUAUAAAAUCAUCAUAUGAAUCAAAAUUACGUGCAUCACUAGAAAGUAAUAAAAAAAUUGAAGCAGUAAUAAAUCAGUUAAAUGAUGAAAAUAAACGACUUAAAUAUGAAGUUGAACAUCAAAUUAAAUCAGAACAAUUACAAAUAAAAAAUGAUUAUGAACAAUAUAAGCAAGAUAUGGAACGAAAAGUUUCAGAUAUGAAAACAUUUUAUGAAGAUGAUAAACAAGAAAUGAAAAAACAUCAUAAUCGAAUCUAUCAAGAUUUAGUAGAUGAAACAAAUCAAGUUAGUUUGUUUAGUUUAAAUUUAAUCGAAUUACAAAAUAAAAAAAAUCAUACUCGAAGUCUUCAUAUUUCCAUCCUUUAA